AUGGAGGAUGCUCCGCUGAACGACGCGGAGGGCCUGCGUCGCCGGCCAACGCGGACGCAGAGCGGGUCGAGAGUAGACGAAUACAAGCGAGCGCCGGACUUGGUACAGCGAGCGCCGUCCUUACGACGUACCAAGUCCGGCACGUCCGUCGCGAGCCCGCCCGAGAUUGCAAGGGUAAGGUCCUUCGGCGUCGCGCUGUCCAAACGGUCGAGGAAGCUGCGACGACGGCUUCGGAGGAGGUACAAUAGAGCCGCGGAGGCCUUUGAGUUGCUGCACAGAGCGCAGAUCGAACAGAGGCGCUUCCUCAUGGCCCAUCCGACGGCUCUCUGGCGCGUGCUCUGGCGUUUUUUUGUUUUCUGUCUGUUGGUGGGAAGAAUCCUGGCGGACGCGCGCGAGACGUUCGCGGCCGCGCGGUGCGCGCAGGACGAGCUCAUGCAGCCGUGCGUGGAUGCUGCAUUAGGAGAAGCGACGAGAGGCGCGUCUAGAGAUAGGUGGUUCUUCCUCGUGGCCUUCCUCGAGAUCCUGUUCAACCUGCGGACGGGGUCGGUGGAUGCCAAGGGUCAUUUCGACAUGCGGCCCUGGGCGGCUUUUAAAAGAUACAUAAGGUGGCAGUUCUGGUUCGACCUUGUAUUAUUGCCGCCGUGGUGGCUCGUGGUCAGGUACUACUAUACGAAUGAACCGAAGCGGGGCGUCGACGCGCUCAACCUAAGGAUGCUGUCGUGGCUGCGGCGCGCGCCGCCCGUCGACGCGACCGUGAGGUGGUGGCGCGGCGCGGGCGAUUUGAACCAUUUAUUACGUAUACCACCACCAGCACCGGUGAAGCGGUUCUUGGACGACUUUCUGGUGCCCUGGUUGCUGGGCCACGGGUUCGAGCGGUGGUCGCGCGUCGCGAACCGCCUUCCACAGUUAGGAGACCUCGCGUUCGAGUAUCGGGUGUUGAGAAGGACGGUCUACUCGACGCUGGGGUCGGCGAAGCUCGUGUUGUUGGUGCUGGCGGCGCGGCGCGCGCAUAGAGAACGGUUGCUGCUCGUGGCCGCGUUGCGGUCUCGCGCGGCGCGGCGCAUAGCGACGGUGCUCCGCCUCAACGCGGCGCGGAAGCGGCGCGAGCGGCGGGCGUCGUCCAUGCUGUCCCUGACGCUCCCCGACUCGCUGGGGUCGCUGCCCUCGGUCGAGUCGGAAGAGGGCAUGGGCGGCCGCGUGCGCUCGGAACUGCGGCCCGAGGCGCUCCGGAGCCCGCAGUGGUACCGGCGGCUGGAGGCGUCGUCGAACAAGCUGCUCGAGGCGCUCGGGUCGCGGCGGUCGCGGUCGCCCGCAUCAAUGGACGACGAGCACCCCGAGUCGCUGCGGUUCUAGGUUCUUUAGGUUUUGUGUG